AUAAAAUGAUUAUAAAUUACUGUAAUUAAAAAAAAAUGUAUGCGGUGUUUUAUGGUUUUUGCUGUUGGUAGCAACGACAUAACCUCACUUUAAAACGUCAAGCGGGCGUCAACAAAACCGUAAACAAAUUUAUGCUGAAUUAUGGCAGAUAGAUUGACUCAGCUGCAAGACUGUAUAAACCAGCAAGCGGAACAUUUUUGUAACAGCAUUGGUAUCCUUCAACAAUUCGCUCCUCCCAGUAAAUUCCCGAAUUUCGAUAGGAGUGGGUCUCAGACUCCACAGCAGCAGCAAAGUCAGGAAGACUAUGUUCAGUUGUUUACUACGCUGAUAGCAAGAUGCGCAAAAGAUAUCGAUACACUUAUAGAUUCUUUGCCGAGUGAGGAGAACUCCACAGAACUACAAUUGGCUAGCUUGCAAAAAUUAGAACAGGAGAACCAGAUAGCAGCAGAAAGGCUCGAAGCCGUAGUUCGAAAAGGACAAGAUUUGCUAGAGCAAAUACAAUCUUCGUUGAGUGAUAUUGCGCAAGCGCAGUUAGACAUGCAGCAUCUCACCAAAGGGGGCGCUAGUGUCGCCAAGGAGUAUUAAUGUUUUUAGGGGUUGAAUAAUAAAUGUGAUA